GCAUGCGCCCGAUUGGAGCCUUUAGCCAUUGGCUGGUGCACGGUUGGCGGGCUAGCGAGCAUCUGAUGGGUCGGUGAAGUACAUCACCAGUAGUACUAGGCUGUAGUAAUAAGACGUACGUGCCGCCAGGCACUUAGCCCAGUGACUGUUGUCAUCAAGCCAUGUCAGUGAGUCCUAAACACUCAACCCCAUUUUCCGUGACCGAUAUCCUAAGUCCACUUGAAGAGAGUUAUAAGAAACUUGGGGACAAUACAGUUGCUGUCGGACUUGCAACCUCACUUGGAAAUUCUGUAUCAUAUCGUACUAGUCAGCCUCAAGCAACUAUGAACGUACCUGUGACAAAUCCUUACAUGCAUGUACCUCAAUUGUCUCACCCCAAUACAUUUCCGUCUCAGUACUGUAAUGGUACGGAAAUAUCGGCUCAUUACGGAGAUCAUAUGAGACAGACGGCACCGGGAUGGUACAGUACCACUCCUGAUCCAAGAUUUGCCAUUACUAGGUUGAUGGGAUCGUCACCGGGAAUGACCAUGUCCAACAUGAACAUGUCGACGUUGAGCGCCUGCAGUGUAGCCGCCGCCGCAGAACAGAAAGCAGCAUCGGCCGGAGUUCAAUUUCCACUCACUCAAAGAAGAAAAAGGAGAGUUUUAUUCACUCAGGCUCAAGUCUACGAACUGGAAAGACGUUUCAAACAGCAAAAGUACUUGUCGGCACCAGAAAGAGAGCAUCUGGCUAGUCUCAUCCAUCUCACCCCGACUCAAGUCAAGAUCUGGUUCCAAAACCAUCGAUAUAAAUGCAAGAGGCAGGCUAAAGAGAAGGCAAUGGCGGAACAACAGCAGCAACAAUCACCGCGUAAAGUGGCGGUUCCAGUUUUGGUUAAAGACGGCAAACCGUGCUCGGCAGGCUCGGGCGACGACGACGGCUCUACCACCGGAGACUUGAUGCAGGCUCAACUACAGCACCCGGGUGGACAGGCUCGCAAUCCUUCCAGUUGCCUAGCCGAUGUGUGUGGUCAAAAUACGUCCAUUUCGCGGACGCCGUGUUCCGUCACCGCCUCAGCAACCACAGCAACAACUCUAGGAUGCUUGAAUGGAAUGGCAAGUUAUAGUCAGACGGUAGCAGUCGGAAAUUUGGACUUAACCACGGGAGUAUCUAACACUAUGUGUCCCUCUUAUUUACAACUGCAAGGUAGGACAUGGUAGAUUAGCUUAACUAAUCUACUGAACACAAAACUGUAUAUUAGCUCACCGGACGAUGACUUGGAGAAUUCGGUUACCGUUACCGACUUCUACAGACUUUUAUCAGACCGGAUGAUGGCAAUCAUCCAAAUUAAUGUGAACAGACUUAAAAACGUGUGUAUAGUGUCAGUAGUAGUGACUUAAAAUCGAUCCGAGUGCGGGAUCCCGAAAUGAACUUUUUCAAAAUCUCUAUUAGGACAAGGCCAUUACUUGACUGUACAGUUAAAUGUUUUAAAUUAAUUGUUCUAAUUUUGAGUUGUGUAGUACCUACCAAAGGAGAAAAAAAUCCAAGAUCGAGGUGUAGAACAUUUGUGACUUUGUAGCAGGUAAGAAACUUUCAUU